GUGCUGCUGCUUCUUGUGGUAUCGGCCGCAGUUCGAUCUGCUGCCGCGGCGGCGACGGCGACAGCGGUGUGGAAAGGCGAAGGGACUCGGUACAGCGUCAUGGCUUUCCAUGCCGCUGGGGACGGCGAGACGGAUGAUACCAAGGCGUUCGAGGAGACAUGGAACUCAGCGUGCAGAGACAGCGGCGGGGCGAACGUGUACAUCCCUGCAGGAAGGACCUUCUUGCUGCGCGACGCCACUUUCAGUGGACCCUGCAGGUCGCCCAUCACCGUCCAGGUGGACGGGGACAUCGUGGCGCCAAAAACUCUCUGGCAGCUAAAAUCGUCAAACAUACUGACCUUCCACGAGGUCGACAACCUGACGGUGGACGGGAGCGGCCAGAUCGACGGCCGAGGCGCCCCCUGGUGGGAUUGCCACAACCAUAAGCUGGUGGCAUUCUCGUUCUGCAACGGUCUACGGGUGACCAACAUACGCCUCAAGGACAGCGCCGAGAAGCACAUCAGCAUGUACAAGUGCAGCCACGCGCAGGUGAACAACGUCUCCAUCACCGCCCCUGGCGACAGCCCCAACACUGACGGGAUCACCAUGGGGGGCUGCAGCCAUGUGCACAUCUCCUCCUGCUCCAUCCAGUCCGGCGAUGACUGUGUGUCGAUUCUGACGGGCACGACCGAUGUCAACGUUACCGACAUCACGUGUGGGCCUGGUCAUGGCAUUAGUGUGGGAAGCCUUGGAGCUGAUGGUGAAGGCCCAGCGAUGGUGGAGAGUGUUACUGUAUCCAACUGCAACUUCUUUAAUACGAUGAACGGUGUCAGGAUCAAAUCGUGGCAGGGAGGGGAAGGCAAAGCGAACGGAUUCAUUUUCAGGGACCUCAACAUGACUGAAGUCCAAUAUCCUAUCGACAUUGACCAGUUCUAUUGCCCCCAUGGAAACUGUCCAGAACGGCAGGGUGGUGUGGCCAUAACGGAUGCAAGGUUCAUCAACAUCCAGGGGACGUCCUCCGAGCGAGAGGCCAUCAAGAUCAUAUGCAGCAAAAGCGUGCCGUGCCACGACAUCCAUCUCGAUAACGUCGACAUAUCCUGGUGUAGGCACACUGCCGCACCGCAAGCCAAGGUUCUGAAUGCCCAUGGGAGCGUCACGGGCAGGGUGAAGCCACAAGUACGGUUCUCGGGCCGUUGA